GAGAGUGAAUAGAGACCGCCGGUAGAAGCGAAUGAGGAAUGUAACAAUGCAUAGAGACUCAUCAUAUUUGUGGAUCACUGUUAUGAUAUCACCGAGCAGGCGUUUCGGAAUUUGCUUUUCCACUGCGGAAAAUUUCUAGACCACGUGAAUUGCAUCAUCGUAAGCAAGCUGCAGAAACGGAAGUAGUUUUUUAAUCGCGAACAUAAGUAAAUCAAGAGACGAGCAUGGAGGAGAUGCAUAUUUCGCGAGGGAUAUAAAUGCAUUGCCGUCUGUACCAAUCUUCAGUUGCCAUUUGAAAGUGUUAUAAGUCUGAGUUCUCCUUCUUCGCCGUCUCAAUUCUUUGAAAAGAGAUACACUUCUACGUAUAUCCACGUUUCUCAAUUUUUAUCAAACAUGGAAGGCUAUAAAAUUUCUGCCCCGGUAGAUUGUAUGAAAACACUGGACACGGGUAAUCUGAAAGGAAAGACUGCCGUCAUCACAGGAGGUGCAAAUGGAAUCGGCGAAGCAUAUACAAGGGCGCUCUCCGCCGCAGGCGUCAAUGUGUGCAUAGGGGAUAUGGAUUACAAAGGUGGUUCGAAGCUAGCAUCAGAGCUUGAGCACGCAAAGUUCGUGAAUUGUGACGUAACCAGUUGGGAAGAUCAGCGUCGUCUUUUCACUGAAGCUGCAUCUUUUACGGGAAAGGUAGAUUAUGUUAUCGCCAAUGCAGGCAUAUGUCCUCCUGAUGAAGUCUUUACUUUUGCAGGCAAAAACCAGGUGCCCACGGAACCAAAUUUGAAAACAGUUGAUGUCAACUUGAAAGGCACAUUGUACACUACCAAACUGGCUCUUCACUACUUUGUAGAACAAAACGGAGAAAAACCAUCGCCCCAGCAAGAGGAUACAUGUCUAGUGCUGAUCGGAUCUGGGGCAGCAUUUCUGGACUGCCCUCGAGGACCUGUAUACCAGAGCACAAAGUGGGCUGCGAGAGGUAUUAUGCACUCUCUGCGAAGAACAGCAUUCUACCAUGGCAGCCGAGUCAAUGUCAUCUCUCCCUGGUAUUCAAAUCCCCAAUUAAACUGAGACUUCCUGUUGCUAAUCUCAUGAUAGGUACGUCAAGACAUCGAUAUUAUCUGCGGAAGCUUUUGCGCACGUGGAGAAGAGCGGGGUACAGUUCGCGGAAGCAGAAGAUGCAGCAAGUUCUCUGCUGCGGAUCUUGUCUGAUAGAACAAUUAAUGGCAAAUCACUUUUCGUUUCCGCUAGAAAAUGGGCACCGACAGGGUAUCUAGACUUGGACGUUGAUGAUUACCCUGGGAAUGAGCUGAUCCAGGAAGUUCAGGUGGAUCAGAUGAGAGCAGCUCCUGUGGCUGAAGGCUUGUUCCUGCCAUAGGGUAGGUUGCGAAUCUCGAGAUUGUUUCUUGUAAUGUAUCUUUCAUUUUUCUUGAUUUGAUGAAUGACCUUGGAGCCGCGAAAAUGAUCUGAAUAUUCCUAGCAAAUAUUGUACAAUGAAGGAACUUCUGGAAGGCGUGCA